AGGUAUUUAAUAUUUUAUCCCCGCAGAUAAUGAUUUUACUGCAAUAUGAACAUUCUUUUUUGUUGAUACAGAGUACAUAAUUUAGUUUCAUUCUACAAAGUACGAAGUUCAUCUUCUUGAUUUAUGUCCCCAUUAAGUUUCCUAAUUAUCUCACUUUACUUUUUGUCUCUCUAAUACACGAACCCAAAUACACACGUCUCGCAGGUAUAUAUGAGCCUAUAAUUUGUCCCCUCCUCUUCCAUAUAUCUCUUAGGACAAGACGAAAAUGGCGUACCCUUUUCCCUUGUUGAUGUUAUGGAUCGCCGUGGUGGUUUCUGUUUCAACUUUUCCGGCGACUUCCACGUCGAGAAACAGCCUGGGAGGGUUCGCCAGAAAAGGGUUCAGGGCGACUCUCCGGCGGGUCCACUCCGGGGGGAACUUGACGGGCCUGGAACGCCUCAGCCGCGCGGCGAGCCGCGGGGCCCUCAGGCUGAGCGUGGCGGGGACGGAGGUGGAGUCGAGGGUCCGCCCCGGGUCCGGCGAGUUCCUGGUGGAGAUGUCUAUCGGGACCCCGCCGGCCCCGUUCGAGGCGAUUGUGGACACGGGGAGUGACUUGAUCUGGACUCAGUGCAAGCCGUGCCGGCUGUGCUUCCCGCAGAGGACGCCGGUUUUCGACCCGGAGAAGUCGUCCUCCUUCUCCCGCCUCCCCUGCUCCAGCAACCUCUGCUCCGCCCUGCCCGUGUCCUCCUGCGGCGGCGGAUGCGAGUACACGUAUUCCUACGGCGAUUACUCCACCACCCAAGGCGUCAUGGCCACCGAGGUCUUCACAUUCGACGGCAAUGUCACCGCCGGGAAAGUAGCCUUCGGUUGCAGCGGCGACAACGAGGGGUCUGGGUUCAACGGCGGCGGUUCGACCAGCACGCUUUUGAUGGGGGCUAUAGCCGGGGGGGAGGAGGACAAAAUCGGGAAUUCCAAAAAAGUCACUACCCCUCUGGUAAGAAACCCGUCCCAGCCGUCCUUUUACUAUAUUACCCUCGAGGGGAUAUCCCUGGGCCGCACUCGCCUCCCCGUGGCGGAGACGGCGUUCAAGCUGAACAGCGACGGCAGCGGCGGGACGAUCGUCGACUCCGGCACGACCCUGACGUACCUGAACGGGGAGGCGUUUGGGGCGCUGAAGGAGGAACUGAAGAGGCAGAUGGGGCAUCUGGCGGCGGACGAAUCCGGGGCGACGGGACUGGAUCUGUGCUUCAGGCUGCCGCCGGAUGCGGAGGAGAUCGCGGUGCCGAAACUGACGCUCCACCUGGGCGGCGGCGCGGAUCUGGAACUCCCCGGAGAGAACUACGUGGUGGCAGACAAGAGCUACGGGGUGGCGUGCCUGGCGAUGGGGAGUAGUAGUGGCGGCGGCGGCGGCGGCGGCGGGGAAGGGGGGAUGUCUAUAAUAGGGAAUAUACAACAGCAGAAUAUGAUGGUGAUUCAUGAUCUGGUUAAGGACUCCAUCUCCUUCGUCCCAACCAAUUGUGAUCACAUCUAGCUAUUAUUAUUAUUAUUAUUAUUAUUAUUAUUAUUAUUAUUAUUAUUAUUAUUAUUCAAUUCCACAACAUAAUUCACACUAUAUUUAUAUAUCCUUACAGUUAUAAAUUUUGCUAAAUAUUUAAAAAAAUAUAUACUGAAAAAAACAGUAAACAAGAAGUAAAAAUAGAAAAAAUAUCAAGAUAAAACUAUAUUCAUUAUAUUCUUUUAUGUAUGUAGUGUACAUACAUUAGAGAAUGUCUACUGCAUAACAAAAUGGAGUCUUGUUA